GCGGCGGCGGCCGGGCCGGGCCAUGGGGAAGGAGCAGGAGCUGCUGGAGGCCGCCCGCACCGGGAACUUGCCCGCCGUCGAGAAAUUGCUGUCGGGGAAACGCCUCAGCUCGGGCUUCGGUAGCUCCGGAGGGGAAAGAGGAGGAGGAGGAGGAGGCGGCGGCUCCGGUGGGGGUGGCGGCGGCGGAGGCAGCGGCGGUGUGGGGCACCCCCUGUCCAGUCUGCUCAGCAUCUGGAGAGGGCCAAAUGUGAACUGCGUGGACAGUACUGGAUACACUCCACUGCACCAUGCUGCUUUGAAUGGUCAUAAGGAUGUGGUGGAAGUUCUGCUGCGGAACGAUGCCCUGACCAACGUCGCAGACUGCAAGGGCUGCUACCCCCUUCACCUGGCAGCCUGGAAAGGAGAUGCAGACAUAGUCAAGCUCCUCAUCCACCAAGGACCUUCACACACUAAAGUGAACGAGCAGAAUGCUCUUGAGAUCAAAGAACUCAAAAAGCACGGCCCCUUUGACCCAUAUAUCAAUGCCAAGAACAACGACAACGAGACCGCCCUGCACUGUGCAGCCCAGUACGGCCACACCGAGGUGGUGAAGGUGCUGCUGGAGGAGCUGACCGACCCCACCAUGCGCAACAACAAGUUCGAGACGCCCCUGGACCUGGCGGCGCUCUACGGGAGGCUGGAGGUGGUGAAGCUGCUGCUGAACGCCCACCCCAACCUGCUGAGCUGCAACACCAAGAAGCACACCCCCCUGCACCUGGCAGCCAGGAACGGCCACAAGGCUGUGGUCCAGGUGCUGCUGGAGGCCGGCAUGGACAGCAACUACCAGACUGAGAAGGGCAGCGCUUUGCACGAAGCUGCUUUGUUUGGCAAGACAGAUGUGGUACAAAUAUUGCUGGCAGCAGGUAUUGAUGUGAACAUCAAGGACAACCGAGGCCUGACAGCCCUGGAGAUCGUGAGGGAGCUGCCCUCUCAGAAGAGCCAGCACAUAGCAGCUCUCAUCGAAGAUUACACCCUUGGGAAGAAGAGUGCCAAAGCUGCAGAGAAGACUCCUCAAGCACCUCUGGCUCCAGCCUCUGACCCCCUGUGCCACGCAGCCCAGGGCGACGUGGAGAAAGCAGUGACCGAGCUGAUCAUCGACUUCGACGUGCCCCCAGAAGAGGAGAGCCCCUACGAGGCCUUGUACAACGCCACCUCCUGCCACUCCCUGGACAGCCUGGCCAGCGGCAGGUCCUCGGACAGGGAGUCCUGCCCCAGGGAGGCAGAAGCGGCUGGGCUGAAGGCAGCAGCAGUCAGGCCUAGGGAGCGCCCACCCCCGCCCGCCAAGCCGCCGCCCGACGAGGAGGAGGAGCCGCAGGUGGAGAAGAAGAUCAGCCACGGUGCCGCCUGUGAGGCCUCUGUUGCACGAGGAAAGAGCAAAGGAAGUGGAGCUGAGGAAGAGGAACACCCCUACGAGCUGCUGCUUACAGCUGAAACUAAAAAGCCAGUUGCAGUGGACAGGAAAACAAAAGAGCACAGGAGGAGCAGCGGCAGCCGCAGCCAGGGCUCCGCGGAGGGCCAGGACGUCCAGGUGCCGGAGCAGUUCUCGGGCUUGCUGCACGGCUCCUCCCCCAUCUGCGAGGUCAGCGAGGACCCCUUCAGGCUCGCUGCCUCCGCGGGGAAAGGAGGCACGGAAGCUGCCAGCCACCCACCUGCUAUGCAGCUGGAGGAUGCCGAGCUGCUGGCCCCUGCCCCGCCGCGGAGCGGCUCUCCGGACGCGGAGCACAGAGCCAUCUACGCCACCGUGCAGCACGCCCCUGGCGGCCGGCCGCCUCCCGCCGCGGGCGUCCCCCACGGGCAGCAGCACCCCGGCAGGGCUGAGGAAGAGGGGGACAGGGCUGUGGGCAGGGCCCCCCCGGGGAGCAAGCCCAAGGCCGAGCUCAAGCUCAGCCGCAGCCUGUCCAAGUCGGACUCGGACCUGCUGACCUGCUCCCCGACGGAGGAGGAUGCCAUGGGCAGCCGCAGCGAAUCGCUCUCCAACUGCAGCACGGGCAAGAAGCGCCUGGAGAAGUCUCCCUCCUUCGCUUCCGAGUGGGAUGAGAUUGAGAAAAUCAUGAGCUCCAUCGGCGAGGGCAUCGACUUCUCUCAGGAGCAGCAGAGGAUCUCAGGUUCGCGGACGCUGGAGCAGAGCGUCGGGGAGUGGCUGGAGACCCUGGGCCUGCAGCAGUACGAGAGCAAGCUGCUGCUCAACGGCUUCGACGACCUCCGCUUCCUGGGCUGCAAUGUCAUGGAGGACCAGGACCUGCGCGACAUCGGCAUCGGGGACCCGCAGCACCGCCGCAAGCUGCUGCAGGCUGCCCGCUCCCUGCCCAAGUUGAAGCCCCUGGGCUGUGAUGGGAAUAGUCAGCCCUCAGUGCCUGCCUGGCUGGAUUCCCUGGGGCUGCAGGACUACGUUCAGUCCUUCCUCUCGAGCGGCUACAGCUCCAUCGACACUGUGAAGAACCUCUGGGAGCUGGAAAUAGUCAACGUGCUGAAGGUGAACCUGCUGGGCCAUCGCAAGAGGAUCAUUGCCUCCCUGGCAGACAGACCCUACGAGGAGCCCCCAGCGAAGCCACCGCGCUUCUCGCAGCUCAGAUGCCAGGAUCUGAUCUCCCAGACGUCAUCACCCCUAAGCCAGAGUGACUCCUGCACAGGGAGGUCUGGGGAUCUGCUGCUGCCCUCGGGGGACACUGCCAGGAGGCAGCACGAGCGUGGCACAGAGGCUGCUCCCUACUGCAAAGCCGAGCGCUACAGAGCUCAGGAGGAGCAGCGGGAGUCCAAGCUGACGCUGCGCCCCCCGAGCCUGGCUGCCCCCUACGCGCCGGUGCAGAGCUGGCAGCACCAGCCGGAGAAGCUCAUCUUCGAGUCCUGCGGCUACGAGGCCAACUACCUGGGCUCCAUGCUGAUCAAAGACCUCCGUGGGACCGAGUCCACGCAGGACGCCUGUGCCAAGAUGAGGAAAUCCACAGAGCAUAUGAAGAAGAUCCCUACCAUAAUCCUGUCCAUCACCUACAAGGGGGUGAAGUUCAUUGAUGCCUCCAACAAGAACGUCAUUGCCGAGCACGAGAUCCGGAACAUCUCCUGCGCCGCUCAGGACCCCGAGGACCUCUGCACCUUUGCCUACAUCACCAAGGAUCUGCAGACCAACCACCACUACUGCCACGUCUUCAGCACUGUGGAUGUGAACCUGACCUAUGAGAUCAUCCUCACACUGGGGCAGGCAUUUGAGGUUGCCUACCAGCUGGCCCUCCAAGCCCAGAGAGCAAAGCCUCUGGGUGCUGCAGCAGGAGAAGUCAUUGAAACAAAAUCUUCCAAACCGGUGCCUAAGCCCCGAGCUGGCGUGAGGAAGGCUGCACUGGAGCCCCCUGAAGUGGACCAAGAUUCCCAGUCCCAUGCCAGUGUCUCCUGGGUCGUGGACCCCAAACAGGACUCCAAGCGGACCCUCAGCACUAAGUAUGAGACCACUAUCUUCUAAAGCACCCUGUGCCCACCCCGUCUAACCGUGCCUUUGCCAGCUGAUCUCUGCUCCUCUAAGCUCCCUCCUGCUCCGGCUGCUCGCUGGGCCCCGCCUCGGCGCCGCUCCAGGCAGCAGCACUUAGGAGACUGUAGGACCUUAACCAGCUUUUGUACCUGAGCACCACUGAGCACUGUGAAUCCUCCUGACUCGGGAAGAAGGGUGACAGGGUGACAGGCACCGGGGGCGGGGGAGCAGAGGGGUGCCGGCUGGGGCAGUCGGCGAUGUGGAUCCAGGAAGCCGCCGGCCGUUCCCGUCUGUCCCCUCGCUCUGGCACUGUGAAUCCCUGGGGCAAAGUGACAGUCCCCAGGCUUUUCCCCACCCCCCCCACCUUCUUAUCCUUGGACUGAUGGAGACUUCUUGUCUCUGUGGUGCACACACUCCCUCCUCCUCCUCCAUCCUCUUCCUCCCGAACGAGCCACGGCUGCGUACUGUUGCAGUGACCUCGCCUGUCCUGCCUGCCGCUGGAAUCGACACUAACCACUGUGAUGCUGUCUGCAAAUAACAACCUUCACCAGAUCUCCUCACAGGGACCCUUGCCCACCAUCUCUCCCCUCAAAGCCUGAAGCAGGAAUUCUGCCCCGAGGGGACUGCUGGUUUGGGCUGGCUGUGAUCGUUCCCACUGUGAGCUCCAGCCCCUCUCCGAGGGCAGCUGCGCUUUUCGUUGCAUGCAUUUCGGUUUCCCCAGGAGGUUUUCCCCCCUCCUAGUCCUGUUUGUCAUCAUUCCCAUGAGCUGUGGGCCCAGCUCUCACUUGGCAGAGUGUGAGGAGGUUAAGCUUUGGGAGGCACACGUUGUGAGCCCCGUGCUGGGGAGGGGCUGGGUGCUGAGAGCAGACGGAGCUCCUUCUGCCCAAGGGAGAAGCGAGACUGAAAUCACUCUGCUGCCCACCCCACAGCUUGUUUGCCAUCUCCAAACCAGUGCACAAUAAGGGCUAUAGGGAUCAUGAAACAUCUGUCACCUUCCCUGCUGGAGAGCCAGGGAUGGCCCUGCGGGGGACCUCUUGCCUCUGCGGCCGUUCCUCCUGUGCUUGCUUUUCCUCUGGGGAAGUCUCCCUGUGGCUCUCUGCCUCAGUGGAAGCAGCUUUUAGUUCCAGAAUGUGACUGGGAAUUGUUUGCAGGAGACCACAGGGCACUUGGCACAGGUUGGAGCAUGUCCAGGAUGCCAUGUGGUGGUUCACAGCCCCAUGAAAGCUGCAGCGUGUCCUUCGGAGGGGAACUGAGCUAUCAGCAGCACUGGGAGCGCAGUGCCUGGCUGGAAGUGUGCAGCUGCCCAUGCUGACUGCAGAGGGUCUGAGCUCCCCUGCUCUCAUCCUGCUUUCAGCUGAGAGAGGCAGGAUCCUCAGCACCUCCUGAAAGGGUUCCCUUCCAGCAUGUGCCUUUGUAAGGUGACCAUCCAGAGCUUGCUGGCAUCACAGGCAGCCCUGCCUAAUCUGCAGAGCUUCUGCUGUGUGUCCAUAACCCUCACAGCUGCGUCCCAUCUCUGCCUCAUCUUCCCCAGCCCUUAUUUCCCUGUGCCUCAGCACUCAUUCAUUCCAUUCUCUUCCUUUCUGUUUGCCUCUGGGAAGCUGAUCUGCAGGCAGCUGGCUCCGACCAUGGAGAUGUAGUAACGGGGCAGAGACCUAAGAAGCAGAGUCCUGCUGACAGGAAGAUCAUCUCCACCUGGCACUGGCGGCCACCUCGGAGGGGGUGCAUGGCUGCUCAGUGAGGGCUCCCAAAGCAGAGGGGGAAGAGGGAUCCCAGCCCCCAGCUGAGACAAGCAGCUCCCUCCAUGUCUAGCAGAGGACAGCUGAGCCUUCUGGGUGUGAUGUCACCUCUGCUAGCCUGAGACAAAUGCCUUUUAACCCAUUUCCUCUUUAUCUUCACAUAAGAAGCGACCCAGGGCAAAUCCAGGCCCUGGCUUAAAUGUAGCACUGCAGGUUUGGGGUGAGGAGCACCAACAUUGAUCCUUAUUGACUGAGAAUCCACGCAGCCCAGCAAGGGGUGCAGAGAAAGGCUUAGCAGUGGGAGUGGUGUGUGUGUCUCUCAUGGUACUUCGAGUGGCUUCAGUUCUGGGUGAAGAGUAGAGGAGGCCAAAUUCCUGGCAAUAACUUCCUGCAGCAGGAGAAGCCUGCGGGGGGGCAGCAGCCUUUGCUCCCAGAGCUGCUCCAGGAUUUCCUAGCAAAUGGAAAUAACCUAAGGAAGAGUCUGCAAAGGACCCUUCAGCCCAGAGUGGCUGUGGCCAAGAAUUCCCUGUGGUACAAAGCUUGCUGCCCCUCCAGAGAGCUGCUGCCCUGCAGUUCUUGACGUUUCCAGGGCAAGGACACAACUUUCCUGUUAUGUACCGAGUCCCUUCCCCAGCCCCCUGUGCUCCCAGCUCCUUUUGAAACCCAGUUAUGUCCUUCCAGCCUGGGGGCCUUUGGUUUUUAAAGUGUAUUCCAUGGUGACUUAGCACUUUUUGAUACUAGCUCAUAAUUUAAUUAGUGCAACAGCUUCAGAAGAUGAACCAAGGAGGAGUUAAAUGUUGGGCAUUAUCCUGAAGCACUCCCUAGCCGAGGAGGGAGCCUCUCAACCUGAGCAAGGUCUGAGUCCCUAUCCCCAAAGGUGCUGUGUGCUUCCCCUUCUGUGGGGUGACCAGAGCGUGCCCCAGGAGGUGUCUGGCAGUGACUGAUGUUCUCACAACAGUUUCCCUCGAGGGAGAGAUCUCAAACUGGUUCUGAUUCUAAUUCUUCAGACGCAAAAAAUCUCGACAGGCGUGGUGAUGGUUGAGGGGGUGCCCUGCUGGGGGUGCCCUGCUGGGGGUGCCCUGCUGGGGGUGCCCUGCUGCUUUACUGUUCUGAAAUGCCCCAAGAAUUCCUGUCUGACUCCACUGCUGCUGUAUGUCAGGAUUUCAUGCGUGCCUCUCGAGCCAGCAAGGCUGGGAGAGGAGUGAAGCAGAAUCCCCAGGGCAGGAAGCUGUGCCUGGGGGGCAGUGGGGGGUGCUGCACGCUGAUGAAUUUGGAAAGCUGACAUUCCUUGUCCUGCCAAUGUUGCAAUCCAUGCUGGUGUAAAUAUUUGAUGUGCUGGUAACAAAUCUGGGAGAGUUUGCAUAUUGAACCUCUGCUUGGGAGGAGGACAGCCCUCUCUGGGUGGUGGUUUGGGAUUUUUUGGAUGCAUGAGCUCUUGAGGGUUGGCUUGGAGGUGAUGUGGUGAUGGAGACUCCAAGGGACUGGCUUGGUGACCCUGGUGGUCCUACCCCAGUCCUGGGCAUAAUCCUAUGGCUGUCUUUAGUGACUCAACAGUUCCUUAGCCAGAGCUUCUCACCUCAUACAAAGCAGUUUGGGCAGUGCCUCCCCCUCUCACUCCGUGGCUUUUCUCAAGGUACUUUGUGUGCUGGAGCCUGGCCCUGGGCCCUGCCAGCCACUGGCUCACAGCUGCCAUGGGGUGUUGGGGCUCUUCCUCCCGACUGGGUCCUGUGGCCUCUGGAGGGAAGUGCCCUCAGUGUCUGGUGCUGAACAAGACUUUGAGUCCAAGGGCAUCUGCUCUGCUGCCCUGGGCCUGGCUCCCCUCUGCAGGGACAGGCUCUGCUUCGUGCAGGGCCUGAGCCCGGGGCGGGUAGCCCAGGAUGCAGUUUUGUCUUUUUUGUACAGGAGGGGAUGAG